AGAAACCACCUCCCUGUCGCACGUUGGAAUCCCCCUUUGUGUCUGGCUGCCUCCCUUCCCUUCCCUUCCCUCUCCCCUCAGUGUGCUGCCUGCUCUAUAUGUGGCACUGGAGCGGCUGCAGGAAUCCAGUCCAAAUGUUUUCCAUAUUAGUUCAGAGUCGUCUCUGUUUUCAAAUAGCAGUUGAGCUGGGCUUGGUUAGAGCAGGAAGGGAGGGGAAGGGAAGGGAAGGGAAGGGAAGGGGUGAGUGGCAGACGGCAGGCAGUCCUCCACCCCAAACACUGUAACAGUAAGAGCCGUGAGGGCAAACAGGGGGGAAAAAGUCAGAAGGCAGCAGGCAAUAUGGGACAGGGGCGUAAAGGUUCCUCAGACAAGGAGGGCAGGAAGAAGAGGGAUGAGAGCCCAGCGCCGGAGGACGGCGGAAAGUGCCGAGUUUGUCGUUUCCCUCUGCUCGUCGCCCUGCUCCAGCUGCUGUUGGGGGUGGCUGUCACAGUUGUGGCCUUCCUUACGGUGGCCGUCAGCCCCUCGCUUUUGGCCCGGGAGACGCCUCACUGGGCCGGCAUCGUUCUGUGCUUAGUCUCCAUCCUGGGCUUCAUCCUGUACUGUGUCACCUACCAGCCAGAUGAGAGGUCGUCCGUGCAGUUCAUUGUCAAACUCCUGUAUUUUGUCCUGUGCACCAUCGGCCUGGUACUUUCAGUGCUGGUCGUAGCGUUUGCUGGACACCACCACUCACAGGCCAGCAACUUCAUCUGUCAGGAGGCAGCAGAGGACUGCGUGUGCGUGCUGGAUCCGAGUGACCCAAUAGCUCGCACUUUCCGAUAUGAGGACGUUAGCGACUGCGAGGCAAUCACUGGAACCCUUCCAUUCUACUUCCUGCUCCAGAUAUUCUUGAACCUGGCUCAAGCGCUGGUCUGCGCUGUGGGGGCGUUCAUCAUGUGGAAGCACCGCUACCAGGUCUUCUUCGCCGGUCUUCAGAUUGGCUCUCCCUCCACCCAGCAGUGGCAAAAAGUCUAAUAGUCUAACUUUUGCCAUGCAUUUUGGCGUGCCUUAGAAUUCGUUCUGCUUUCUGUUCUGUACAGACAGGUGACCAUUGAGGGGAAAAACAAACACCAAGGCUCUUAAUAAGGCUUCUGGAUCCUUUUACUGAAGGGUCAAAAAGAUCAGUUUUCCCCCUUUUCGUCAUCUUUCUGUAUAAUACAUCAAAUGUAUGUGGUUCUUGUAUAAUAAUGGCUCUUUGCACACAUUUUGUAUACCAAAUAGUUAACUUUGUACUUGGAACUGUCAAAUUUAAAUACAUGAAAAUCCAAUGGACAAAUAUUUUUGAAAAACAAUCGUUUGUGUUUUACAAUAAACUUUCUCAAAAUGUUUCCAAAUAUUACGCCAAUGUCUGUUAUCGUGCCACUAAAACCAAUAUCUCUGAUUUCUUUUUUUACUCUGAAAAUCCACACAUUGUUUAUAUGGUGCCUUUUGGAUUUAGAUUUAUUGGGAUCUUCAUUGAAGUUUUAGGUACAGAAUCACUGUGUUUUCGGGUUGUGAUUUGCAUAUAUUAUAGAAAUAAAUUUGAAAAAUGAUUAUACCUCAGGCCAUCUUUUGAUAAUAUAAAUAUAUAUUGUUUCAUAUCAUUGUCCUCUCAUAUGAUUUGCUAAUAUGAAAUAAUACUUACUUGCUUUGGAAAACUGUUUUUCUACUUGAAAAAAGUUAAAUAUUUAUAUCAUAAAAUGCAGCAGUUACACUCUAUCCUGUCUCAGAGGUUUUGUAAGGCUAACUUUAUUACAUGCUUUAUUAAGUUAUGAUAAUAAAAUCAAAUUACUCCAAGUUUUUUUAAGCUUAUGCUGUUUCCAGCUCA